AUGGGACUCGAUGUUUGGCGUGAAGGAUUGAGUUUGUCGAAAAAUUCGCAGUUUCAAGGAACUGAUAUCAGAUUAGAAGACGAGUAUUUUGCACUCAAAGAAAAAGCUCAGAGAGAUCCUACUACACACAUCUUACAAAAUAAUUCAGGAUAUUUAUGUAAACCGCCCACUGAGCUUGCGCCUGCUGGGCGCAAGCUGGCCAGGGCAGCAGGCGGCCAAGUGGCGCCUCGUAGGCGCUAUCAAACUGCCUGCAGACGGUCCAGGACCAAGGAGGCCGACAGGUUCCAGGCACAAUCCACCACCCAGCCCGGUUGGAAAUACUCGGGUCGCUCAGGUAGGGAAAAGCUGGUUGGACUGGCACAAGAUGAGCACAAGAUGGGCACGAUCACACGGCAAGAUGUAGGUCAAGUUGAUAUUCUAUUUCAAUGA